AUGGACUUAUAUAAUUAUCAUCUUUGCACAGAUUGGAAUAUGGAUGAUGAUUUAUAUUGGGGUUGUGAUGUAGAAAAAUGUGAAUAUUGGGAUCUUGAUGUUGAAUUUCUCACUAGUACAGAAGCAGCAGGAUACGAUACAAAAUGGAUUCGUGUAGGAUUUCAGAGUGUAGCAUUAAAAACAAUAAAUAAUUCAAUAGAUCCAAUUUCGGAUCUUUUGAAUGAAAUCGAAUCAAAUAUUCAGGUAGUUGAUGAUCCACAUUUUAUUAGAUGUUUAGGUAUUACUCAAGAUUCUAAAACACAUAAUUAUAUGAUAGUAAUGGAAUAUGCAACAUCAGGUAGUCUUCGCGCAUAUAUGAAUGAAAAUAUCAUGGAUGCAUAUAAAAAAGGUCAGAUAUUAUGGUCAAUUAGUAAAGGACUUUAUAAUUUACAUGAGAAAAAUUUAGUUCAUCAAGAUUUUCAUCCAGGAAAUCUUUUACUUAUUAAUGGAUUUUUAACUUUUGAUAAAUUUAUUUUACCGACAUCAACAUUACCUUCUUACAAAUUACAUUCUGAAGCAAUUUAUACAAGUAGACUUUUUAAUACCACAAGCACAAAAUCAGUAAAUGCAUCAAAUUCUAUGAAAAUGUUCCGUGAAUCAACUCUUAGAUCUCUUUGUAAAG